AUGACGACGGAGGACGGGUGGCAGGUCCUCAAGUUCCAGCCGUGGAACAGCGCGCCAGAUGUGUCGUUCUGGCAGCAACUCACGUCGCUCAAGCUCGACAAGUUCCACCUCGACGACCAGGCGCAGAACAUUACGGGAUAUUUCACUCCAGGGCGGUCCAUCAUGCGGACGGCGCCCAAACGAACAGACAACGAUCGUGCGCGAUACGAGUGGCAAGCGCCUGGACUGCUUUUCAAUACAAACACUCUCGAGGCUUUCAAAAAUCUGGAUAAAAACGCGUUGCUUCGAUGUGCUGGCGAGCAGAUCUUGGACUUGAUACUAUGUGCUGGCAGCGACGACAUGGCAGUCGAACGUCUCAACAGCUUCGUCCUGAUCACGUUUGCUGAUCUGAAGAAACACUCGUUCCUUUACUGGUUUGGGUUCCCAGCAGUAUCCCCACCAACAGCGUUCCAGUUUCGAGCGCCGCCAGUGGCAGUGUCUUCGAUCUUGUCCGCUACCGAACAAGUUCAAGCGCUUCGUGCUCUACUGAGUCUACGUCCGGUGCACGUUGAGGCAGGUGCAGUAGAGGGCAACUUUCCGCCAUUUUUCGUGGUUGAACGCUUGGCCGAAGACGUGGAUAGUGAGGAAGUGGUGAGAGUGUUGACGAUCCAGAGUUGGAGGGCACUUGAUCAUCGUGCGGAUGAUGUGGCCGAGACGCUGUUUGGCUUCGUUGAUCCCUGUCCUCUCAAAACAAACCCCGGGUGGCCUCUACGCAAUUUGUUGGCACUGCUCACUGCGCUUCCAGCCGGUAAACUGGAUAUCUCGAAAUCACUGACCAUCAUCUCUUUCCGUGAGCAUGUACAUCAUUUAACGACAGUACCGGAUGACUUUGAGUGGCAGAACUCGAUGGUCUUUGAGGUCAAAAGCGAUCAAGCGUUCAUGGCCAACGGUCGGUCGCGGCAAGAUGUACGCGUGAUUGGCUGGGAAGCUAAUAUUCGCGGCAAAAUGGGUCCACGAACGAUGGAGCUUGGUGGUAUCUUGGAUCCCAUUCGACUCACGGAAACGUCCGUGGAUUUGAAUCUGAAGCUCAUGAGAUGGCGCCAACUGCCUUCACUUGACUUGGACCUACUGUCUCAGACCAAGUGUUUGCUGCUGGGGGCAGGGACUCUUGGCUGUUACACAGCAAGAUGCCUGCUUUCAUGGGGGUUUCGCCACAUCACUUUUGUCGAUAAUUCCACGGUGAGCCACUCGAAUCCCGUUCGUCAGCCCCUAUUCGAGUUCCAAGACGUUGGGAAGCCCAAGGGCGAGUGCGCGGCUGCAGCGCUAAAACGCAUUUUCCCGCUUGUUAACGCGCAGGCUGUGAACCUUACAAUUCCAAUGGCAGGCCACGCACUGAGCAGUGUGCAAUUGAUGGAAGAAGCUAAAAAGGGCCUUGAGACACUGGAACAACUGAUUGAUGCGCACGAUGUCGUUUUCUUGGGAACGGAUUCACGCGAGAGUCGAUGGCUUCCAACCGUAAUUGCUGCAUCGAAAAAGAAGCUUGUAAUGAACGCGGCACUCGGUUUCGACAGCUAUCUAGUGAUGCGCCACGGUGUCCGUCUUGACAGCGACAACAGGGAUACGACGGAGCCGUCACUAGGCUGCUACUUCUGCAACGACAUCGUGAGUCCCCGUGACUCACUGAAAGACCGUACACUGGAUCAAAUGUGCACAGUGACUCGACCGGGUCUUGCCCCCAUUGCUGCAGCAACAGCCGUGGAACUCCUCGUCGCUGUGCUGCACUCGCCACAAGGAAAGCACGUGGCUGCUGACAAGCCAGAGAAUGGAUCGGUUCCAAUGGGGUACAUUCCGCACCAGCUGCGGGGGUUCUUGAAUGCGUUUGCCAACAUGGUGAUCACGGGCGAAGCGUUUGAUAAGUGCAUUGCGUGCAGCUCCAAAGUGCUGGACGCGUAUGCGAGGGACGGCCUGGGUUUGCUCGAAAAAGCAUGCAAUGCCACUGCUUACUUAGAAGAGCUCACGGGGCUGACACAGCUCACUGAAACAGCUGACCUACUUAUGGUCGACCUCGAAGACAGUGACGAAGACGGUGACAUGAUCUAA